GGUGGGCACGUCACUGUCGCUCUGCUCUGUGAUUGGCUGCUGAGUGCAGGUUCCUGAUGUGUCGCUCGAGCAGCUGGAGUUUCGGAUAUGUUUGCAUCCGUUCAUGACAAACAGUCGCGCACAGUGGAUCCAAACCUCACAGACACACUCCGAACCGAAACCAGCUCCAGAAAAUGGCUCAAUGUGCAGCAGCGGCGGCAGCUAGUGGCGAUGUGAACGGAGACGGCAAGACGAAGAGGAAAGUGGCCAUCGUUACAGGCAUAACCGGUCAGGAUGGGUCCUACCUGGCUGAGUUUCUGCUGGCUAAAGGUUAUAAGGUUCACGGUGUCCUCCGCAGGUCCAGUUCUUUUAACACGGGCAGGAUUGAGCACCUUUAUCAUAACCCUCAAACACACACCGAAGGAAACAUGAAGUUGCACUAUGGAGACUUGACUGACAGCACGUGCUUGGUAAAGAUUAUCAAUGAAGUCAAACCCACUGAAAUAUACAACCUUGGAGCACAGAGUCACGUCAAGAUCUCCUUUGACUUGGCUGAGUACACUGCAGACGUUGACGGGGUGGGGACCCUACGGCUGCUGGAUGCAGUGAAGACCUGCGGUUUAACUGACACCGUCCGCUUCUACCAGGCCUCCACCAGCGAGCUCUAUGGGAAAGUACAGGAAAUUCCCCAGAAGGAGACCACACCAUUUUACCCACGAUCUCCUUAUGGUGCUGCUAAACUCUAUGCAUACUGGAUAGUGGUAAACUUCAGGGAAGCCUAUAACCUCUUUGCUGUGAAUGGGAUUUUGUUCAAUCAUGAGAGUCCUAGAAGAGGUUCGAAUUUUGUAACUAGGAAGAUCAGUCGCUCUGUGGCGAAGAUCCAUAUUGGGCAGUUGCAGUGCUUCAGUCUGGGAAAUCUGGACUCCAAGCGAGACUGGGGCCAUGCCAAAGAUUAUGUGGAGGCGAUGUGGCUGAUGUUGCAGCAGGAGGAGCCUAUCGAUUUUGUCAUUGCGACGGGGGAAGUGCACAGCGUACGGGAGUUCGUGGAGAAGGCCUUCAAACACGUGGGAAAAACCAUUGUGUGGGAGGGGAAGAAUGAGGAGGAGGUGGGCCGAUGUCAGGAGACGGGAGAGAUUCAUGUAAAGGUGGAUCCGAAGUACUAUCGGCCAACUGAAGUAGACUUCUUACAGGGAGACAGUUCCAAAGCCUUAAAGAUCCUGGGCUGGAAACCACGUGUGACGUUCGAGGAGCUUGUUAAAGAAAUGGUGGACGCGGACAUCGAGCUCAUGCGGAACAACCCAAAUGCCUGAGCCCACACGCCUUCAUCUCCAUGCAUGCCAAAGAGGCGGUUGUCAUGUGUUUGUGUGUGUGAUCACUGGAAGAAGCAUUCAGCUGCAGUUCUGUUCCUCCUCCUGUCGUUUUCUCUGCUGCUUCAGCUUUCUGAUCUCAGUUUCACUGUGUUUUGAGGGUCCCCACUGUUGCCUUUCUCUGUUCCUUAAUAAUGUCAUAUUUAAGGUUGUGUAUGGAUUUUUAAUUUGUUCUGUCUAAAUGAUUUUUAUCCAUUUUUAUAAAUCAGUUUUUAUUCAUAAUCAUGAAGAAAUGUAUAAAUAAGGGAUUAAAGGGUUUGGAGAGCUUUUUUAAAGCUGUUUGCUGUUUUAUUCAUGCGAUUCCUUAAACUGAAGUAAUUGGUUGAAACUUCAAAAAUUGUUUCCUGAUUAUUUAAAAUGCAAAUACAAACUGUGAAGUUUUAUAAUUCAGUAAAUUCUCCAAAGAGUCA